GAGGAGCUGCGGUGUGAGGCCGGGCGGGCGGAUGGGGCCAGCGCUUGGUUGUGGGGUAGGAGCUCGGUGGCCUUGGUGGUCUGGGUAUCCAUCUAAACGACACAGAAGGAAAAGACUUCAAACCUUGAGCUGGACCUGCUGAGCCCAGGACUUCAAAAUGACAGGAAGAGAAUUUCUUGAACUAGAUUCUCCACAGCAAAGGCUAUAUUUGGAUAGACUGAAGCGGAUGGAAAUCAUACACAAGUUGUUCAAUGAGCUUCCUCAAUCAGAUCAGAACCUUUGUAAUCAUGGAUCAUACUUCCUUGCAGGAAAUGCAAGCUUAUGUGGCUUAACAGCAAAUAAUUUCUUCAGGAAGAUCCUAAAUAUCAGAAAGGCUGCCAUAAUAUCUGCUUUGCCGAUGGCCGUUAUUCCAUUUAUUUCAACAGUGGCAGUUUAUGAUGCUUUCCUGCGUGGCCCUCUAUUUUCAGGUGAGCUGGACUGCCAGGUCUGUGCUGUGGUCAGAGGAGGAUUAAUAGGUGCUGUUGUGGGUGCUUUCUACCCUAUUUUCAUGGCUAUCCCUGUGAACGGAAGCCUUGCAGCCAGGUACUCUUCAUCUCCCUUGCCAGGGAAAGAGAACUUAGUACGCUUCUGGCUCUCAGUCUCUCAGCCUGUCUUUAGGAAGAUGAGAUUUGGUUUGCUUAUACAGGUUCUGACUGGAGUUUUUCUUGCCACUAAACAUCAUGGAAUAUAUGUCAAAAUACUGGAGCAGAUGAAGCACAGCAGGGAUCCUGAAGAAUUACAGUCCUCAAGUUGAACAACUUUCCAGUUGCCACGGAUAAGAAACUGUAAUAAACAAAGAAGUUGGUGCUUGCUGUCCUUCUUCUAAUAGAAAACAAGCUUAAGACUGUGUGCUGACAUACUUUUCAAUCCUGAACUUGAAUAUAAGUUAAGUUCUUCAUCACGCCUGGCACACAAUAUAUACCUUGAUAAUACCUCUAUACAGAGAAGUGUUUUUUCUUUGGAAAUGGGGAAAAAUAAGUCAUUUUUAAUUGCAUGCUU